GAUCGACAACUUCCUCACCCGGGAGAUGCUUGACUCUGUCCGUCGCCAACUCACCCGGCUUGACUUCUAAAUAAUAUCCUUGCAACGACUUCCAUCCAACCUGUGACCCCUCGAUUCCCCUCCCCAUCCCCCAGUGUAUCCUGUGUAUCCUUUGGAGGCCUCCCUCAUGGCCGACACCCUGCUCUAGGGGGUUGGUGGCUCUUAGAGCACUCAGUCUAAGGCGGAGGCCUUACCUACGACACAAGAGUAUACCGAGAAUUAUCUUCAUCGGACCUCGAAAUGGCCGCCCAGUCAACGCUACGCUCGCGGGAGGAUCCCCUUGCGAGCCUCUUCUCCCACUACGCCAAACUGCUUCGCUCCCGGUUCAGCCGCUCCUCCAAGAUAACCAAACUCCUCGCAACAGUCGCCCUGUUCCUGUCCAUCGUUUCGUCAAGCUAUGGCGGUUACAGCUGGCUGCGAUCGAGAUCCCAAGAGCGCGCCCAAGGGAGACGCUUACUCCGCCGAAAUUCCGGGAUCCGAGAGAAGGAUGGGACGCGGACCAUUUACGUCCCUUACCGGGACUCGACUUCGAAGAUCAAGAUAUCCCCAACAAAACUGACCACUUUCGAUGCCCACCGGAGACUGUUUUUGAAUCCGCCCCGGUCGGCCCGCACGAGCGAGGGCGAGUCCGCCAGUCAGAUCCCGCCUCCGACCACCAAGCCGGGUCUGAAUCUGGCCUUCCUGCACCAGUUUCUCAGUUUGGGAAGUAUCAUGGUGCCCCGCUGGAGCAGCAAAGAAACGGGACUGUUGAUGGGACACGGUGUUUUCUUGCUCCUCCGGACAUACCUGUCGCUGCUUAUCGCGCGGCUGGACGGUGAGAUCGUCAGAGACUUGGUGGCGGGCAAUGGUCGAUCCUUCUCAUGGGGUGUGGUCAAGUGGUGUGGUAUCGGGACGCUCGCGUCCUAUACCAACGCGAUGAUCAAAUUCCUCAAGCACAAGGUGUCUAUCGCCUUCCGAACCCGCCUCACGCGGUAUAUCCACGAUCUUUAUCUGACCAAGGAUGAUAAUUACUACCGGUUGAUGAACUUGGAUGGGGGCAUCGGUCAAGGCCCCGAUCAGUUCAUCACCCAGGACCUCACCCUCUUCUGCUCCGCCGCCGCGUCCCUCUACUCGUCUAUGGGCAAGCCUCUGGUGGAUCUCUUUGUCUUCAACUACCAACUGUAUCGCUCUCUAGGCCCGUUGGCCCUGACGGGAAUGCUCUCGGCGUACUUCAGCACCGCUGUCGUCUUACGGAAGCUGUCACCGCCGUUUGGGAAACUGAAAGCGGUCGAAGGAAAGAAGGAGGGUGACUUCCGAGGGCUACACUCGCGGCUGCUCGCUAAUGCGGAGGAGAUCUCGUUUUACGGCGGGGCCGACAUCGAGCGCGUCUUCCUCAUGAGAAGCUUCAAGGAUCUUCAAUUGUGGAUGGAGAGGAUCUACAGCCUCAAAAUCCGAUACAACAUGAUCGAGGAUAUGAUUCUGAAAUACGCCUGGUCUGCCUUUGGCUACCUGGUCAGCUCUCUGCCGGUCUUCCUGCCCGCUUGGGGUGGCAUGGGUGGUGAGCUGGAGAUGAUCGAUGCGCCCCAGGAGGUUGGCCGGGAGCGCGGGCGCAUGAAGGAGUUCAUUACUAAUAAACGCCUGAUGCUGUCCCUGGCAGAUGCAGGCGGCCGGAUGAUGUACAGUAUUAAGGACAUUUCGGAACUGGCUGGUUACACCUCCCGAGUCUAUACUCUCAUCUCGACGCUCCACCGGGUGCAUGCCGACGCAUACUACCCGCCGCGGGAUUCACACGCCGAGUUGUACUCGUUAGCUGAUGUGCAAGGUACCAUUCACAACGGCUUCGACGGUGUGCGUCUGGAGCAGGUCCCCAUCGUUGCUCCGUCCCUUUACCCCAUGGGUGGAGACGAGCUCCUCGAGUCAUUGUCAUUCGUCGUGCACUCCGGAGACCACCUCCUGAUCUCGGGAUCGAACGGCGUGGGCAAGUCGGCGAUUUCCCGAAUUGUCGCGGGCCUUUGGCCCGUCUACCGCGGACUCGUGAGCCGCCCGCGCGGCUUUGGCCUAGACGGUAUCAUGUUCCUUCCCCAGCGCCCCUACCUCAGCGUGGGAACACUCCGCGACCAGGUCAUCUACCCACACACGGAGAUCGACAUGCGCGAAGCCGGGUUCACCGACGCUCAACUGCAGAAGGUCCUGGACGACGCGCACCUGGGUUAUCUCCCCUCGCGCGAGGGCGGAUGGGAUGCCCGCAAAGAAUGGAAGGACGUCUUCAGCGGCGGCGAGAAGCAACGCAUGGCCAUGGCCCGGCUGUUCUACCACGAGCCGCGCUACGCCUUCCUCGACGAGGGCACCUCGGCUGUCUCGUCUGACGUCGAAGGCCUCCUGUACCAAUGCGCCAAAGACCGGGGCAUAACUGUGAUCACCAUCUCUACCCGCGCCUCCCUCAAGAAGUAUCACACCUACAACCUGAGUCUGGGCCUAGGCGCCGCCGGAGACCAGUGGGAGUUCCAGCAGAUCGGCACCGCCAAGGAGAAGCUGGGUGUGGAGCGGGAGCUGCAAGAGCUGCGUCAGCGUCUGGAUAAGGUGGACGAGUGGAAGCAGCGCCGCGAGGAGAUUGAGACCGAGCUGAACAAGGUGUGGGCUGCGGAUGGUGAAAUUGCGCCGCCGCCGUACGUGGAGAAGUCCGAGGACGAUAGCCAGGCUGUGGUGGCUGAGUUGCAGCCCGAGACCGACUGAUUGGAUACUGUUGUGCAGGGUAUACCCUAUGUAUUUAGCUAGACAUUUAUAGCCAUUGAUUUAA